AUGAAGUUUCCCAAAAGCAUAGACCUGGAAAUUGAGGUCCAAGAUGACGAUGAUUCAGGUAACAACAGCCAGCUUGAUUCCAACAUAUCUAUUCAAACAACCAUGACACGUCCUGUCCAAAAACUGGAAACAUCCCACACUUAUGAUCCUAUUUCCCUUGAAUUGAGUCUAAACUUCAAGUCGAACAUGUAUAAAUUUGAAUCAAAUAAUUCAAUGGGAGGUUCAAUAUCGACUACAAGUAAAAGCACAAACCACACAGAAACUCAUGCAACCCCAGGAUCUCUACCAAGAGUUUUUCCUUGCAAUUAUUGUAAGAGAAAAUUCUUCAGCUCACAAGCUCUUGGGGGACACCAGAAUGCGCAUAAAAGUGAGAGGAUGCUUGCAAAGCGUGCUGUGAGAAUGGGUAUAUUCUCUGAAAAGUAUGCAAGCAAGGUUGCGACAUUUCCUCCCCAUGGAGCUUCAUUAAGAUCUCUCGAAAUCAAAGCUCAUUCGUCACAACACCAAACAUUUGUGCCACCAUUUACGAGAAUGCCACCAGAAAUUAACAGCAUAUCUCCAAGAUACAUAAAUGGAAUUAUAGAAUUUCCUAUAUAUGUGGACGAUGACGGAUAUGAUCAUAUGUUGUGGCCGGGAAGCUUCCGUCAAGUGGAUGCAACAGUCAGUGUUGUUGAUUUACUGCCGAAAACAGUCAGUGUUGUUGAUGCAACAGUCACUCCUGAUCUUACUUUGAGACUCUAA